AUGGCCCCAGGCUUUGGCAAUGAGGAUCCAUCCGUGAAGGAACACCAGCUCCAGGCUGCACCUGGGUCAUUCAAUAGAAGAAAAAGAAAUUCCCUCUACGUAACUGUGACUCUCCUCAUUGUGUCAGUAUUAAUUCUUACGGUGGGCCUAGCUGCUACAACAAGAACCCAAAAUGUGACUGUUGGAGGUUAUUACCCUGGGGUUAUUCUUGGUUUUGGGUCAUUUCUUGGAAUAAUUGGAUCAAACUUGAUAGAAAACAAAAGACAAAUGUUGGUUGCAUCCAUUGUCUUCAUCAGUUUUGGAGUCAUUGCUGCAUUCUGCUGUGCCAUAGUUGAUGGGGUCUUUGCUGCCAGACAUAUAGAUCUUAGGCCACUAUAUGCAGGCCGAUGCCAGUAUUAUUCCAAAAGUACAACUCCGCCCGAGGGGAUCUGUAAUCCUCAGCGCCGGGGACCCUGCACACCUAAAAUAAAAACCAACACCUGCUUCUGCUGUGACCUAUACAACUGUGGAAACAGAGUGGAAAUUUCCGGUGGCUACUAUGAAUAUAUUGAUGUCAGCAGCUGCCAGGAUAUUAUUCACCUUUACCACUUGCUCUGGUCAGCGACAAUUUUGAACAUAGUUGGAUUGUUUCUAGGGAUUAUCACAGCUGCCAUCCUUGGAGGCUUUAAAGACAUGACUCCCUCCCUUCCUACACUGAACUGUACAGUUGAAAAUGCGCAUCCCUCAGUAUCCUAUUACUCGAGGCCACAGGUGACUUCUUACAACACUUAUUACCACAGCACACCUCAUCUGCCGCCAUACUCAGCGUAUGACUUCCAGCAUUCCAGUGUGUUUCCAGCUUCCACUCCUUCUGGACUUUCAGAUGAUCCCCAGUCAAUGUCACCAUCUCCAAGCUACAUGUGGUCCUCCAAUGCUCCUCCUCGUUAUUCCCCACCAUAUUUUCCUCCUUUUGAAAAGCCACCACCUUAUACACCCUAAAGAAAAAAUGUGCUGUUGAAAUAUUUGUGAACAUUUUGUAUUUAUAUUUUACUGGGGUGGGAGAGAGAGAACAUUACAGAAGACAAUAUAAAAUACUGAGUUCUGUUCAUUCUUGCAAGACUUAUUUUACAGGUUUAACAAGCGUGUAUAGAGCAAGGAUUAUUGCAUUGGUGCUUAUUAGUAUCAGUGAAUAGCAGGUGACCUAAAUUCAAGCCUGUUUUACAAUACAAUUCACAGUAGUCCUUGAUUUUUAAAGAGGUGCUACCUGGUCAGACUAUUGAUCGUAGUCUGCCAUGCUUCAGCUUGAGCCAAGCAGUAACCUGGAUACAUAUGGAGUGGAGAUGGCCAGAAUUGCUCUACAGAUGAGGAUGCUUGCAAAUCAUCUUUGAUGUUAAUUUUGUUUGGCCUUUCACUUCCUACAGUCAGAAUAUCACUGGGCUACAGAAUGUAGUUAAUAUUUUUCAUUGAUUACAGUCUACAUCCUUAUCAAAGGAAAAUCCAAAGAAGAGCAUGAGUUUCUUAAAUCAUAAUACAAACCUAUGGGAGAUGAUGCCCUGUAGUAAUCCUAUAACUGGAGUAGAGCCUACUGAGGGAGAACUGCAUGAGCCAGGUUGGCUUUUUUCCAGAUACUUCAUAAGGUAGGAGGUGUAACAUUGAACAGAGUAUUGCUAGUUCCGGUAUGUAUAAAUGAUAUACAAAUCACUGUUUGAAUGGUGGUGUAUCUACAAUCCAGUUGCUAAUACCUCCUAAAUAGAAAGAUUCAUUUUUUUCCCAUUCUGCAAAGAAAAGGCAUCUGAUGCUGUCUGUCCAGAAAUCACUGAAUCACACUUCAGCAAAACCAUGUGUUUUCCUUGGGAAUUUUUGUUAAGACUGUUUUGAAUCAGCACUCUGUAUAGGAACUUUUUUUAGUGGCUGUAUUACAGACUGCAUGUAAUGAAUUUCCAUUAUUUGUUCUGAAGAUGUAAGUCUUUUGUGGAUAAAAUUCAACACAAUGUAAACAAUAGAUUAGGACAAAGAAUGUGCUGUUAUUGUUGUGAGUUCUUUUAAUCUUCAAAUGAUAAUUGUGCUGAUCUAGAUUUCAUGCAGCUUUUGCAUGCAUCUUGCAUAACAAAAAAGUUCAAUCUUAUUAAGUGGCACAAUGCGCCUUUAAAGUCUGGUUGUUGCUCAAGAAGUGAUUUCGUUUGGCAACUUCCGGUUGAGAACUGCUCACUGAGUAUUCCAUCUCAUGUCUGUUUACUUUGGAGAUAAAAAUAAAGUAUCUGCUUUUUACUUGUUAUAUUUGAAAGGCUGGAUUCUAUUUCAACUCCUGCACCUGAAGAAGUGUAAACUGUCAAGCAGCACAUAUUUAGAGCUGUGCCACCUCAAUCCAGACAAAAUGUAAUGGUGAGCAAAAUUCAGCUUUGUAGAGUUUAAUGCUGUUAAGUGAGCCACAACAAAUGCAGUUGGGACUUCAGACUGCAGCAUCUUUCUGUGUGCAACCCAAGCAAAGGUGAGGUGGUGUCACAAAGGAAGCUACCUGUUGAACCCAUGAUGCCACUUUCAGAGAACAACCACGCUUUAACAUGCUGCUUUUAAUCCUAUACAUUUGCAAAGCAUUUAGACAGUUUUUAAAACUCAGCAGUUCCCUAUCAGGUACAAGUCUAUCUAGUCUCAAAUUAAAGAGAGAUUAAAUUGUUCAUCCAGAAGCAAAUGUUGAACUUCUCUCUGAUAGUGAAAAUGGAGGGAGGAGAAAUACAUGGAAGAUGCUCACUGAAUUUAAAGCAGUAGUUUGUGCAGAAAUAUAUUCCAACAAGUAGACUUCCUUCCCCUCAUUAUGUACAGUUUAAAAUACAGCUCUCAUAAGAUUAGGCACCAGAAAUAAAUUAGCACACUAGUACUCCUUCUGUUCUAAAUUAGCCUUACAGCUGCUCGAUUCAAUCCCAUCUUAAAAAGAGACUUUGCAUGCAAUUAAAAAAGUGACAGUACCUGUGGGAAAUAUAUUGCAUAAAUGUUCUUCUCUCCUCACCUGGGAAACAGAGUAUGUCAGUUGUGCCUAUCCCUAUUAAAUAGGGCUAUAGGGAAUAGGCUGCAAGUCAGAAUGAAGGCCUAUUGCACAGUCACGGGGGGG